CGCCGCUGCAAUGAGGACGAUCCGUUAGCGGCAUUGACUAUGGGACCAGAGGCAUGGGCGUGUGUGCGGACCCUGGGUCUUACCGGUGGUGUCAGGCAUUAAGCCGGUCGCGAUCAUCGUUCGCCACAAACAACGACAACAUAAACAACAAUUCAAAUAGAACAAUAACAACAACUGCAAAAAAUACGUAUAUCAACAAUCAAACAACAACUUCACCGCAAACAACAGCAACAACAGCAGUAACAGCAACAACAGCAACAGCUGCAGUAGCAACAACAGCAGCAUCAGCAACAGCAACAACUAACUUCAGCUUGGGAACAAUUUGGAAUUCACUUGCAAACCGCAAAUCAACGAAAAUUCAAACAAUUGCUGAAAAUUUUGAGAUCAACCAAAGCAAUAGAGAGCAGUUGCAUUCCAGCAGUGAAGCGAGUAGUGGCUACAACAAAACCAACAAAAAGGGCCUACUAUUUACAAUCUACCAGUUCAUCACAUUAGUGCUGAUUUUUCUGGCAAAAUCCGUAGAUGCAAAUAUACCAGAAGAUGCAGUACACAUUACAGCGAUACUCGGCGAAGGUGUCAUCUUCAAUUGUCACGUCGAAUUUCCCAAUGAUCAUCCGGUGCCGUAUGUCCUACAGUGGGACAAGAAGGUGAGCGAAACGGGCUCCGAUUUGCCUAUCUACAUAUGGUAUGAAAGCUAUCCGGAACACAUCGAAGAGGGCUACAAGGGUCGUGUGUCACGCGUCUCACAGGACUCACCGUUCGGUUCGGCUUCACUCAAUUUGACCAACAUCAAGGAGUCGGAUCAAGGCUGGUACGAGUGUAAGGUGGUAUUUUUAAAUCGUGAUCCCAAGCAGCAUAAGAACGGUACAUGGUUCCAUUUAGACGUACAUGCACCGCCACGUUUUAGUGUUACACCAGAGGAUAUUAUAUAUGUUAAUUUAGGCGACUCAAUUAUUCUAAAUUGUCAAGCCGAUGGCACACCAACACCAGAAAUCUUAUGGUACAAAGAUGCUAAUCCCGUUGAUCCCUCGCCUACUGUUGGCAUCUUUAACGAUGGCACCGAGUUACGGAUCUCCACCAUCCGACACGAGGACAUCGGAGAGUACACUUGCAUUGCACGCAAUGGUGAGGGACAAGUCUCCCAUACGGCCCGUGUUAUAAUAGCGGGCGGCGCUGUAAUCAUGCCGGCAGCUGGCGGGAAAGGGAAGGGGAAAGAGAGGGAGAAAAUAGGCAAAUCGGGUCAGAAAAAAAUCGCUAAAACUGGCAAAUAUGCGCAAAUCGGCAUUGCAGUGCCGCCCACUAAUCAAACCAAACUCGAGGGCGAAAAGGUGAUAUUCUCGUGCGAAGCGAAAGCAAUGCCGGGUAAUGUCACCGUUAGAUGGUUUCGCGAGGGCUCUCCCGUACGGGAGGUGGCCUCAUUGGAGACGCGUGUCACAAUACGCAAAGAUGGUUCGCUAAUUAUAAAUCCCGUUAGCGCAGAUGAUUCCGGUCAAUAUUUAUGCGAGGUGACGAAUGGCAUUGGAGAUCCACAGAGUGCUUCGGCUUAUUUAAAUGUUGAAUAUCCUGCCAAAGUGACCUUUACACCCACUGUACAGUAUCUACCCUUCCGUUUGGCGGGCGUCGUUCAAUGCUACAUCAAAUCGAAUCCCACAUUACAAUAUGUCACAUGGACCAAAGACAAACGCCUCCUCGAACCGUAUCAGAUGAAAGAUAUCGUCGUCAUGGCAAACGGUUCAUUGCUCUUCACGCGUGUCAACGAGGAUCAUCAGGGCCGCUACACUUGCACACCGUACAAUGCGCAAGGCACCCAGGGCUCGUCCGGUCCCAUGGAGGUGUUGGUACGCAAACCGCCCACUUUCACCGUCGAACCAGAGUCGCUGUAUCAGCGCAAGGUAGGCGACAGCGUCGAAAUGCAUUGCGAUGCCAUCGAAGCAGAAGGCACACAACGACCGACCAUCAAAUGGCAACGUCAAGAUGGCGGCGAACUAACCGAAUCGCAACGUACGCGCGUUAAAGUGUCCGGUGGCAAUAUUACAAUCGAAAAUUUACGUGGUGAAGAUUUUGGCUACUAUCAGUGUGUCGUAUCGAAUGAGGUGGCCACACUGAUGUCGGUGACGCAGUUAGUUAUCGAGGGUACACAGCCGCAUGCGCCAUACAACAUCACCGGCAAAGCGACUGAGUCUUCGAUUACGCUGCAAUGGAUGCCUGGCUACAGCGGUGGCUCCGAGUAUAAACAAGACUAUACGAUUUGGUAUCGCGAGGCGGGCGCCGCUGACUGGCAAACGAUUUCGGUGACACCGUCGGGCAGCACACAGGUAACCAUCAACGGCCUGGCCUCGGGCACUACAUACGAGUUUCAGGUGGUCGGUCGAAAUGUGCUUGGCGAUGGACUUAUGAGCAAGGUGAUGACGGUGCGAACAUUGGAAGAUGCCCCGGCAGCGCCACGUAAUGUCAAGGCUGCAACACAACCGCCAGAUCAUAUUUUCCAACUAAUGCCAGACGAAGCUGGUCCGAAGCCCGGUCCACCGCGCAAUCUAACCGUCACGGAAGUCUCAAAUGGUUUUCUCAUCUCGUGGCAGGCGCCACUGGAGCGUGCCCAUAUCGUCAAAUUCUACACCAUCAAAUAUCGCACCGAUGCCCAGUGGAAGACGCUAAAUCGCGGCCAAAUACGGCCCGAAGAGACCCAAUAUUUAGUUAAGAAUUUAGUUGGCGGUCGUACGUAUUAUUUUCGCGUCUUAGCUAAUUCGGAAAAAUCCUACGAGUCCAGUGAUGAAGUGAAAUUUCCGGUGCCGGCACGUGUCAAGCAUAAAGCGAUAACAGCCGGUGUCGUUGGGGGCAUCCUGUUUUUUAUUGUUGCGAUCAUUUUAUCGGUUUGUGCCGUAAAAAUUUGCAAUAAACGUAAACGACGAAAACAGGAAAAAGAGUUCAAUAUGGUAGCUUGCAGGAUAACCGAUGCCCGUAAUAUUGCAGCAAAUAAUCAUCAUUUACAUCAGCAUCCACAACAGCAGCAACAGCCACAUCAACAUACGCAUCAACAACACCAACUGCAACAUAAUCUGCAUAGCCGCAGUACGGGCUCACUUUCCGCUGGUCAAGUGCCUUUAAAAAAAUUUAAACAAACCCGAAUAUCAAGUCUAACCACGAUACUAAUUGCCAUACUACACUGGAUCUGGCCACCGGAUCGCUGCACCAACUGCCACUCCAUCUACAGUGCACCCCAUUUGGAGGAGGAAGGCGCACGCGACCGCCACUCUGUGAGUCAAAUUCAACGCUCUGUCGACGGUCGUUUCAUCAUUUCAGCCACUAAGGCAGGCAGUCAUGGCAAACUCAAUGCGCUCACCAAUGGCAAUGACAAUGCUGAUGUCGAUGAAGUGGAUGCCGUAACCACACGCCGCCAAAGUCACGCAUCACAAAACUCCUCCAGCGAUGAUGGCGGCUUUCUAUCGCGUCGUAAUUUCAUUACAGCGCGUGCCUCCUGGCGUCGUCCACUGGUCGCCUCACCCUCACAGCUGAGUUUACAAUCAGCUGUGGGCUCGGCACGUGGUUUCCUGCAGGGACUGGGUGGUCUACUGCGUGUUGGCAGCAAUGCCGCCGUUGGUGGCAGCAAUGGCGGACUUACCGGUAUUGCGGCGACAGGUAUUGGCGCUGCUUCAGGUAUGGGGGAGGAUGUGCCUGAUGGUAAUACGGGCGCACGCUACCAGAACAUCUAUCGCGGUCACUACGGUCAGAAUAUCUACCGCAACUUGCAGCCUGCACAGCCGGCAAGUCGUCCGCUGCACAUCAACACGCUGAACGGCGGUUCGUUUCUCAGCGGUCAUCAGUAUCAUCAGCAACAUUUGCAUGGCCUGAAUCUAACACCCAAUUUGUAUACACCCUCACGCAUAUCACGCAUCUUCUCCAGCUCACCGGCCAGCACACCAAACGAUACAUUGGGCAGCGGCACACACCACCACAUCGGCGGCGGUUUAGGUGGCGCUAGCGGUGGCGGUGGUUUGCUCACCUCUCCAUGGUCGAUGACUACGCCAGGCAGCGGACACCUACAUCCACAUUUUAGCGAUCUGAGUAGCGUCUACCCGAGUUCAGCGGAGCGUUCGUUACCCACGCCCUCAGCGACCAGCGGCAAUCUGAGCCGCUAUCGCUACUAUGCACACGAGCUGCCAUCGUUGCGUACCAUACAGGAGGAGACGCGUCGCUACAACCAGCAGCAGCAGCAAGAGGAGAAACAGCAGCAGGAACUGCAAACAACAGAUGGGUUCGUGCCACUGCAGAUACCCUCACCGCCGGCCUGGCGCAACUACUAUCACACCCAGUUACCCUAUCACAGCUACCGACCACGCACGCGCUGGUACCCACGUCACUAUGCGCGUCUUUUCGGUCGUACGCAACCCGAACUCAUGUCGCCAUUGCCGCAUCUGAAUCUCACGCUGCGUUCUGCGUCGGCUGGCGCCAUGGGUCUGGAAGCAUCACCGGAGUCACGCUCCAGCUCAAGCGGAUUUGGUUCGAAGAAUACCUCCAAUCACCCGCAAGGAUCUCAUCACUCGGGCAGCACCAGCGAGUGGCGGUUGCUGCCACCAUAUCGGCCGCCGCCACCGCCACCAGCCCACAAUAGCGCCUACUUUGGUUUGGCACCAACGAGCGCCCAACAGCAGCAGGCACAAGGGCAAGCACCAGCAAGCCACCACCACCACCACCAACAACUGCACCACCCCUCUCUAUUUAGUACGAACUCACUACCCUACUAUCCGCAUUACAGCGGCACGACCAGUAGCAGUCUGCAACAGCAACAACAGCAAAGACCGCUGACGCCGCCCUAUACCAUGGAACACUGGCUGGGGAUGAUCUCAGACUUAAACGCGGCCACCGACAAUGUCAAUCUGCCGAAAUCGGUGGACGUGGGCAGCGUAGAUGGACACUACGAGUUUGAUCCUUCCACACCAACGCCCAGUGUAUCUACGCCUACAGGCGGCCUCCUACGCGAAGAUCUCAAUUUGCACGUCGACACAACCGGACAUCAUACGCUUGGUCCGCUAAGCAGUGGCAGCAUAUUCCACCACACAGGCGCCGGGCUUACUUCGGGAGCAGCGACUUACGGUGGCCCAAUGCGGAAAACACGCUUCUCGCGCUAUGACAACGUGGAAGCGCGCUUGCAAGCGAUGCGUGAGGAAUUCUACGAAUACCGCAAGCGGCAAGCAAUGCAACAGGCGGGCGUGGCGGAGUUGGAGAGUGUAUGCUGAUGUGCGCGGAUGGGCGAGUGUGAUGAGAGGUGUGUGAGUAGAGGGUAUAACUGGGAAAUUGAGCGGGUAGCAGUAUGUAUGUAGUUAGUUAGCUUUAAGUAGGGUUAGACUAAGCCAAGGGUAGCGUAAAAUCAAACGCGUGACUGCAAACAGACAAUUAGUAGAGUUGGUGAAAACAACAACAGCAACAAAAAGUUUAAAAAUAGUAAAGUAAUGCAAAGAAUGUACGCGAAGAUUUUUGAAUGCCCUAGAAAAUAAUGAAACACCAAAGGACUCAUGCGAACUUUCGAGCAUUUUUGACGAAAAUUUUUACUUACGCAGCCAUACAGAGUAACGCCGAGUUUAAAGAUAAAAUUUCGCAGAAUUAAAAUUUACCUUUUUUACGAGCCAACAACCUUAACCAGUGUGGGAAUUUAAGCGAGCUUAACUCAAAGUGUCGAGAAUAAUUUUUACUCCAAUCCUGCAACAUUUCCGUUUUCUCUGAGAGAACUCGAUUGAGCAUCAAUUUUAUAUCAAAAAUUCGUGUUUCUCACUAUUGUACAGCGAGAAGUAAAUUUACUGUGGUUCUAGAGCCGAAACUUAAUUUGACUAAAUUCAUGAAUACCCCGAAAAUAAAUCGAAUAUCGUUUGAGUUACGCAAUCUUUUGAUUUCUAGAAUAAAUUUUAAGCCAGAUGGUUCGAAAACGUUUCCACCAAACUAAAGUGAUUUUUAGGUAAUUCUUGUCAGGGACGAAGCUUAGUCGAAUCGUCCUGUCUGUGAAGGAAUUUUGCUACCACGAUGCUUAUGAGCUCUACUAAUAAAAACUUUGAUGUGCUCAACUCUGCCCACUAUACUUGCCUUAAAAUUGACUACGGUGCAAUACGACGCUCCAACGAUGACGCACCAAACUGACUGAUGAGUACACAGACAAUGACAGAGGAUUGGCUUAGCAGACACGCAAGCUACUUAUGUUUGAGGGAAUUCUAAGAGCAGUGAAGUAAAGAUGGCGUAAUGAAAUCAACUGCAGCAUCGUCCGCCGAAUGUGGCUCUCUGUGCUAAGGCAGCUGCCAAGCCUAAAUAUGCACCGUCUUAACACAUUGAUUUCAGUUAUUACGUAACACUGCCUAAUAGGCACACGCGGCCAGAGAAUGGGAAUGCAAACACAAGACGUGGUUUUGAUGAGGAAGAGACGAUCUCGCACCUCCUGUGCUACUUUUGCUGCUCUAUGCAGACGCAAUUUACCAUUUCAGUUGAAACAGAUUUUAAUGAAUUGGAAAUGCUUAGUACAGUGGAAAUCAGGGACCUUCUAAACGUUUCGAAACGUGCACACUGGCGUUAGCAGAGACUGGGACAAGUUCUUCGCGUGACAUCACAAUGGACUAUGAGUCUGAGUGUGAUCCACAGAGUACAACCGCUUCAGCAUAACUUAACCUAAAGAACGACAGUUCUGCAAUUCAUUAGCCUGUGUGUUACCUUGAAGAACACAGUAUCCCGACACGCUCAUAAGUCCAAGCUCAUUCCACUUUGCAACAAAGUUUAGCUUCAACUUGCAGUAGUGGACUUUUUUCAAAGUGGUUUCUAAGGCCUCCCUAGUUACUUAGUUUUGAAUAGUUUCUCCGUACUCAAGCUGCGCUUCGCCCGCAUUGGCAUUGGGUAGAGAUCCCCCGUCGUCCAGCGCGCUAAGUUCACAUGUUUCGGAAGAUGAUGACUUUGGCAACUAUUGCAUUAAGCACUUGAAAUACAGAAACUUACACAGUUCCAUUUUAUGGAAACCUACAUUUAAGGUGUUGGUUUAAAGCAUUACAGAGUCACUUAUUAUGAGGAGAUACACAAAUUCCUAAGAAGCCACGAAUUAUAGGCGCGUGUUCGAGGAAAAUAAGAAAUAUUAGAGGUCUCUUUCUUCUUCUUAGCAUCACAGUCUUUGGUGAACCAUUGCUUCAUUCACAAACUUGCGACAUGUAGCUCUAUCUGCGGCCACGUCCUUCCACCGCCGCACGUUUAGCUUUUCAAGUUCAACUUCCACGUCUUCUUCUUUGGCCUCUGAGAUUUUAAAUCUUAUCACAGUUUCAUUAACAUUUUUUGCUAAUAGUUCCAGCUCAUGAUUACAACUAAUUCGAUAGGUAGCGACUUGCGGUUGCUUAGAGAUCGCUGCGCAUUAUUAAUCCGAAAAUAAAAUGUAUGUAGUAAAAGGCAAUACUCAGUUUGACGGUUUGAGUUCAUGUCUUCUUUGUCUUGCGCCAAGGCACGGGUUCAUCUUCUGGUCAAUUCAUUUUCCCUCUCCGGCUUUCACCAACUUUCGUUAAGUUGAUUUACUCUGUAACUAAAUGGCGACCCACAACAAGCAUUUUUAUGCUGGUUUUAUUAUUUUAAAUUUUUUGUGAUGCAUACAAAAUUACUUUGUGCCCAAUUUUUCACCAUAGAGAAGAAUGCAUUGUUUCGCGUCGCAUAUGAAAUUACUGUGAGCAUUUUGUCAAUAAUUAAUCGAAUUCACGGAUGAAGAAUUCAAAGGAUUUCACUGCAAAACAAAGUUAGUGGCAGUUUUAAGCUGGUACUGCCCAAGGAUUCAUGUAAAUAUUAAAUAUUAAGUCUACUCUAAAGCAACCGUAAAAGAAGGAGAAAUAUUUAAGUAAAACGAACUGUAGUGAAGAGGAGGAGAAUAUGCAAAAAUACAUAGCAAUUAUAAAGACAUAUUAUAAAUUAAUUAAGAACUAAAAUAAAUUAACAAAAAGUAAAACUUUAAAUAAAUCAAUUUAAGCAGAAAAUUACUAAAUUUAUUAAUGCAUAUAAUUAUAAAUAAAUAAAAACACACAAACAUAGUUAAUAAUAGCAAAUGAAUUAAAUUGAGAAAAAAAACCUAAAUAAAUAAAUAAAAAAUAAAACAAUACACUGACUCAGUUAAAAAAAUGUGUUACACAUUUGCGGUUUAACUUAGUUAAGUAAGAACAAAGCAAGAAAAAAAGGAAACAAAAACAAAAACAAAAACAAAAAUAAACACUUCAAAACGACACAACCAAACAGAUAAAAAUCAAUUCAUUGAUUUUAUGUAGUGAUAAGUUGAAAAGAUUGAGCGUACACAAAACUAAUAACCUAAUAAAGUAGUUAAAAAGUAAAAACAAAAAUAAAAAAUUGAAAAUAUAAAAUUAUAAAAAUACAAAAAUAUAAAAAUAUAAAAUUAUAAAAAUAUAAAAUUAUAAAUAUAUAAAAAUUAUAAAAUUAUAAAAAUAUGAAAAAUUUUAAGAAAAAUUUAAAUGAGUUUCUCCGUACUAAAGCAAGAAAAUAAUUAACUUCAGCAUACAAAUGAUGAUAUACUUUAAGUAGUUCAAUAUGUAUUGAGAAAAUUAUAAUUCAACUACUACGAAGAGAAUGCAAACAAAAGCAAAAAACACACAAAGAAACUAUGUUAAGCCAGUUGAUAAAAUAUAAAAUGACGAUGGAAAAAAUUAUAAAAUAUUUAUAAAAAAAAUAAAAACUAGUUACUGCAUAUAAAAUUUAAUUGAAGCAAAAACAAACCAACUUAAGCGACUUAAAUAUAUAUAUAAAAUAUAUGUAUACAUAUAUACAUAUGUAUAUACAUAUAUACAUGAGUAUAAUUUUUUUUGUAGGUGCACAUUGCAAAUUACUAAGCAAAAAAUUUAAUUAAAAAAUGGUGAGCAAAUAGUAAUAAAAACUAACAGAAAAAAAUUAAUAAUAUUAAGAAGAAAAAAAAACGCAGAAUUUCUCAUUUAUUUAUUAUGUAAAAUAAUUGCGCGUUGACGAAAAGCAGGAAGCCGACAAAAAAAGUAAAGCAAAAAAAAACUCAAUUCACACUAAAAAAUUUCUACACUGCAAUCCUCACGUGCAGCAACUUCUAAAAACUGCUAACAUUUCCUGCUCUAGGAUUAUACGCAUGAAAUUUCAGUAAAGCAAUGUUAGCGUAUGUAUGUAUAAACACACUUCGAGAAACAUAAAAACAAAUAACGAAAAAAAUUUAUAAAAAUAAAAACGAAAAAUACACUUCUAGCAUAAAAAAUUUCAAAUCAAAUAAAAAAAAAAUCUACUACAAUAAUUUUUUUUUGUUAUUGUUGUUGUUACUUCUCAUACAUUGUACACUGCAUAAUUGUUAAAAUAUUUAAGUCGUAUAAUUUUGACCAUUUUUUUAUUCGUAUUUUUACUUUUAUUUUAAGUUCACUAAAAAGCUUAACUAUAAUGUGAAAAAAAUGUUAAAAAGCUAAAGAUAAUGAAUAAAAAUGUAAAGUAAGCAACAUAAACAACAAUUUGAACGGUAAGGUUUGACACAACUCGACGCCAAAAUCACUGCCACAGCGAUGGGGGAAAGUCACAGACCGACAGCAGGCAGACACAGCGUGUCCGAGCGGCCACACAUGCGUGACACGAGCACACACACACACACUGGCACACAUGCAUGCGCGCAUAGGGUGUAGUGUGUAUGUGCAUGAAGCUUACAUCUCAUAUAUGUAUGUAUGGAUACUUAUAUAUAUUUAUAUAUCCAUGCAGAGGUAUACUUGUAUGCUUGCGAGUGUUACGCUGUGCAAAGCUCACGCCUGUCGUGCUUGUAUUAGUAUGUAUUGUACUAAGUAUGUACGUAUGUAUGUAUUGAAGAUGAUGUGUAAUGUAAAGUUGAAGCAUUUAAGCAAACGAAACAAACAAAAACAAAAAAAAUCCAAAUGCUAAAUGAAAAUAUGAUAAAUGCAGCAGCGAUGUUAAUUGUAGGUGAGAGAGAGAGAGAAUAAGUAGCUGUUAAUAGAAGUAACUGUUUAUGGGAGAGAAGCAGCAGCAUUAAAGCACUCUUAUAAAUAUUUUUUGUAUAUUUUGACAAUUUUGCUAGAUUUCUAUUUCGUUUACACAUGCAUUUUAUCAUUAGGCUGGAAUAUGUACAAAAUAUAUGAUUUAUUGGCGUUAUUGGAAGCAGCUGGCAGGCUGAAGUAAUGAAGCAGAGUGGGAAAGUUGAUUACGAGAGUUAAAGAGCGAUUGCUUGGAUUUUGGCAAUGUGAAGCAACAAAGAGCCAAAUUCACAAAGAGCCAAAUGCACCAACCGGCCUUGCGCUGAGGCGCGAGCUCAUCUCUCAUUUUCACGCCAUUUUUCACCACCGGCAAGCACCAAAUUUUGUCAAGUUGAUUAACUCAGUAACUUAAUGGCGACCCACAAGCAUUUUUACGCUGUUUUAUUAAUUCAAGUUUUUUUUUUUUGAUUAAUAAAAACUUAUGUACUCCGGGUACAUAUUCAAGGAGGAGAGGAGAGAAGUGACAAAGAGAAAGCGAUCGGAAAGAAUAAAGAAAUAAAGUUAGCAAGACCUGUGAAUUUUCCAGAUUCCUUAGUAAAUCUGAAAAUAUACUCCGGCUUUAGUGAACGAAUUUUCAUUUUCAUUCUAAUGACAUCGGAACCGAAAUUCACAGGACAGUGCAAUGGCUCAGCCAUAUGCGCCUCCUCUAAGCAAGACAGGCAAAUCGGCACCUCAAUGAUUCCAAUGGUGGUUACAAGUUGAACCCAUGUAUUGUGUCCUGUAGUAUUACCGAUCAACAACCGAACGUCUUUUUUGCCAAGUUCGGCACAAGAAAGCUCGACAGUUUUCUGUUCGGGCUUGACACAAAACACUUUGCAAUACUGCAGCGUUCUAGACCAGACCACCGCUCUUACAAGUAUAACCGCGGAUUCUCUUCAUUAAAUUCUUCAUAAAUUCUUCUCUACUUGAACUUUUCAAUGACAAGCAGGGAUUUCUCUUCCUUUGCUACGUCCAGCACGCACCGAAGCGAAAACUUUCAGCGUUGCAUAGAUUUGUUAUGCACGAAAAAAUUAACGCAAUCAUUGUCUAUACUACUUUCUUGUCUCUUUAAACAACAACUGAUUGAAAGAGCGUACGAAUGCGUAUGAAAUGAGCGCGCCAAAUUCUGCUGGCAUGCCUCCUGUGACGUACAAGCCAAAGUUACUCUCACAAUUUCACUUUGGAUGGUUUAAUUUAGUAAUCGAUAAUUUUUGAGUAUAACUUUUUAAUAAUGUUGUCGCGUAUGCAAAGCUCUCGUAACUUAACUGGUUCACCUUUGAAAGAAAUCAUAAACCAGAGAACACAUUUUAAUACCGCUCCAAGACAAUGACCGACACUGUUUCGCUCGCUCAGCGCUCUUUCUCUCACACAUACACAUAUUUGAUGGCAGGAAGUUAAAGAGCCUGCAUGGCCAAUGCGGAAGCGAGAAAAAAAAUGUGAAUUUCUUUUGCCGUUUACUGCUCUAUUGCAUGCUCAGGACAGCACAACUAAGCCAAGGCUACUUCCAAUAAUAACUUGAAAAUAGAUAAAAAAAGUAAGUAAUACGAUUGAUCUCAAACAGCAAAUAAAAAUAUAUUUUUUUUUUAAUAAAUCCUUUUAGACUCCUACCAUAUUUUUAUUUAAUUUCUAUAUUUAAAAGCUAAACUUUUCUUAAAGCGCGUACGUAGUUUUGGAGCCCACAACAUUAGAAUGGAAUUUUAAGCGCCUGCUUUAGAUUUUUACAAAUACAUAUGAAAAUUAGUACGUAUUUUUUCCAAAAAAAAACCGUCAUAAUAAAAAAUGCAUAAAAUUUAAAACAUGCGCUUAGUUCUACAAGAGAGGAGUAAAAGUUUUUGUAUUUAUAUUUUAUACUUUUUUUUAAGUAUCUUUUUUACAUAAAUACGUAAAGCGCUUGCUACUUUUGUUGUUUUAAGGAAGCUUAUAGUUUUGUGCAAUAUUUUUUCACGCCCCUAGAGAAUUCAUAAAUAGGGUCUUCCCCGAUUUGCCUGUUAGAUAUUCCAGCAUUUUUUUCAGCCAACUUCAACUUUCAAUAGCAUAAUUAGAAUGCAAAACAAAAAACAAAAAGUCAGAAAAGUCAAAUGCACAUAAAAAAUCCUAGGCGCCACGACGAAAGAGUAUCUCAUUACACAAAACGUGUUUAUAGCGACGUAGCGACAUAAAAUAGCGAAAGAGUGAUCAAGAGAACACACUUAUUACAACAACAAAAGUUAAAUAUAAAUACUAAAUCUAAAUGCUGCUUCGUUAAAGCAAACCAGAACAACAACAACAAAAUUAAAUUUAACAAAAAUAGAACAAGCAAAAAAAAAAACAAAAUUAUAAUAAUAAUAAUAAAUUCGAGUAAAGAAAAUGAAUAAAAUACAACUAAAAUGUAUGCCAGCUGUGGCGUCAGCUGCAGGACGAACGGCAAGCACGUAAAGCAGCCGCUAAAAUGAGGCAAAACAGCGGAGGUUAGCGAAGCGCAGAGUCAGUAGAAGCAAAGAAUUGAAUGUGAAACGAACAAUUAUAGUAGCGAUCGAAUUGUUAUUGUAAUCGUGUCUAAUUUCCAAAAUUAGUCUAUAAUUAUUGUAGCAUUAAUAUAUAAAAACAAGAGAUUAAAAACUUAUAAAAAAUAAUAAAAGUAAUGUAUUAAUAAAUGAAUGAGAAAAAAAUGACCUAAAUAUAAGAGAAGCAAGAAAAGCAGGUAGUGAAAUGAAAAAGGAAUUAAUAAAAGAUAAAAUAAUAUUUAACACAAUUAUAAAUUGGCAAAAACUGAACCGACACUCACACAUGCAAACAACACUCAUUUGAUAUAUGAAAUACAAAAAAAAAAAGAACAAAAAAACAUUAAACUAAAUGCAAUAAUAUUCAGAGCAGGUGCGAAAUGCUUUCACAACAAAACUACUUAACGGGUUACUCAGAAAAUGCGCGUACGUACGUUCUACUGAAAGAUAAUUCUUCAAAGCAAAAUGCUGGAUUCCAUAUGGCAACACCAGCUCUCUGAAUAUUCAGGCACUUAGCCAUCCACGCUCAAAUGAGGUAGAGUUAUAAUUGUGUGUCGAAUCUCUGUUACAUAAAAUGUAAUAAAGCGCGCAAGACAGCAACAACUCUGUUGUGCUCUUCUCUGCUUAGAUCGAUGAGCGCGCUUGCUUGCUGUCUCCAUUUGCGUUAAGACAAUGCGCGAGCUAUGCAAUUCAUCACAAGCGAAACAAUUACCGUAGAGAUAUAUUUUAUAGCGAUAUAUACUUUCAGCUUGGGCCUUUUAUCGCAUGAGAUUUAUAUCAUAUUUUCUUCAAUUUGAUAUGGUGCAACUGGUAUUAAAUAAAUAAAAAAAAUUGAUAUUAAUGCAUCUUUUUUAAUUAGUUCCUUUGAAGCUUAUUCUAAAGGAAUUCGAAAUGCUUUCAUAGAUGUAUUAAUAUUAGCAAGCAGAAGUGAUUUCUCACUGAAGGUGUUGCGCAGCAGUUAAAUAAUAGUUAAUGGAGACAACGAGUUACUCUCACACAUAAUUAAAGCAAAGUGAAGAGAAUACAGUAGACGGCCAAUGGUGAUAGAUUACAAGGUUUGACCAUACGAAGCGAAAUUGGCAAACAAAUUCUGCCCGCUCAUUUCACACACGAACACUUCUGCUUAUCCAAUCAGUCAUUCUGAAGAUGGCAAAGCAGUUACGUGAGCAAUGGCUGCGUAGAUUUUUUCUUAACAGUACCUACAGUAACAGUUUUUUCAAAACCUCGGUGACGUCAGCACAUCAGUUGAUUGCUUCAAAAUCGCUGAUAGCCGGUUAUCGGUUUGAUUUCCCUUAUUUUCACCUUUGUAGGUAGAGCCGCCGUAGCCGAAUGGUUGGUGCGUGAAUACCAUUCGGAAUUCACAGAGAAUCUCGGUGAAACACCAAAGUAAAGAAAAACAUUUUUCUAAUAGUGGUCGCCCCUCGGCAGGCAAUGGCAAACCUCCGAGUGUAUUUCUGCCAUGAAAAAAGCUUCUCAUAAAAAUAUCUGCCGUUCGGAGUCGGCUUGAAACUGUAGGCCCCUCCAUUUGUGGAACAACAUCAAGACGCACACCACAAAUAGGAGGAGGAGCUCAGCCUAACGCACAGAAAGGGUAUACCCGCCAAUUAUAUAUAUUAUAUAUAAUAUAUGGAUAUAUAAGUAGGUAGAAACAUCUGUGAGCCACUAUUCUGUUCUCAGUGAAGUUGACAGAAUCAGCUGGUUUUCUGACAAAAUCUUUAAAUAUUUUUAUUGAAUAAUUGAAUUCUUAUUCUAGUAUUUUUUAAUUUGUAUUGCUAUUCACGCGACAAUUUCCCGCACACUGCCGUUCUCUUUCUCAUUUAAUAAAUUUCUUAUGUCGCAGCCAGAAAUACUCUCAUGGAUGUCACAAUCCUAUACUUGAACAUGGUGAAAAGGCUUUAAAGAUGAGCUCUUUAACAGAGCGUUAUUCGGCUUUGUGCGAAUAGCACAGAUCACCUGAUGGUUUGUCGUCGCUUGAGGUGUGUUUACAAAAAAACUGAAAUUUUAUAUGGUGAUAUACGAAAAACUCUAAUCCACCAAUGACACUUCGUUCCGGUCUGAACAACAACUGUCCAGGGUGAAUAUGUGUGAAAUUUGUGUGCAGAUUUCGGCUGCCGAAUCCCGAAGUAACGUGGUGGCCAAAGUUCCCCUUACAAGUUUCUUUUUCACUCAUAGCUAAAUAGCAAACCUGGUAAUCUAUCAUUCUUAGGUAUGAAGUAUACGACAGCAAGCCAAAAUCAAGAGGCUCAGAUACUCAUGCUCUUUCUGUAAUUUGGAUCUUAGAAGCGCAAAAAAAUGUACAUGCACAUACGCAAAAAAAAUGUUUUUUUAAAAAUGUUUAAUUAAGUGCUCAUGAGCGCACAAGUAACUUCUUAGCUCAAGGCCUGAAAAUACUUGCGUUUUGAAACUUUCAAGUUUUUUAAGUCAUCCCUUAAAAUCUCCAAACAUUGUAAAUCAGCCGCACAAAACUUUCGUGUAAUGGUUAACUGUUAACACUUUGCCUCAGCCGCGCUCUGAGUACAACACAAACGCGCCUACACACAAAAUCCACUCUCAAGCAUAUAAGCUUUAAAAAUCACACAUUUUCUGACUCUCUAUGCGAUCUCUCUAGCUCUCUCGCGUUUAUUCACCAACGUUACUUGGAUCUUUUUUUUUUUACUUUUUGUACUAUUAUUGGUUUUUCCUCUCAUAAAAGCGCUUCAUUCUCAUAGCCUGUCUCUGUUGAAUUCAUUUUUGUUUUUCUUGCUAUUGCUUUCACAAAUCACAAGAAAUUAUACAAAAUAUUUACAAGCGUAAGAAAUCUGUAAUGGAACUUCCAAAAUUCUAAAUAAGUUAAAUAGCAAAUUGAAGAACUCAUACAGUAUAUUUAAGGACACACACACAUACACACAACACAGCAAUUGUGUUUUAACGCAAAAAACGAUAGCAGCAGCGAAUUGUGGAAAAAUUUCAGAAGCAAAAGCUUGCGCGAAAGUCAUGCAGAACAAACACAAAUAAACGGAAAAUAAUAAAGAAAAAUUGGGAGGAGAAGAAAAAUAAAACAAUAUUAAUUAAUUUAGACACAAUAAGAUGUAAACAGAUAUAAAUUAAAUGGUGAGAAGUAAUUAAUUCGUGUUUUUAUAUAAAUAACACAAGCAAACGUAGUAAAAAUGUGUUUGUAAAUUUACUGCUUGAAAUAAUUUAAAUCUUAAUUCACUUUUCCACGCAUAAGUUCAAAUUUUAAUAUUAAGUAUGUGGAUUUUCUUUAUAUGAUAGUUAAGUUUAUUUAGUUUUAAAAAAUGAUUAUAAAAAUAUUUUAUAUUUGUCUUUUUUUUCUUUUUUGAGUACAAAUAAUAGUCUAAAGAUCGUAGUGCAGAGCUAGCAGCUAAUUGAGUAGAAAAGUUGAUGCAAACAGAAAAAAAACAAAAACAAAAAAUGGCAAUGGAACAAAGAAA